AUGUGCAAGUCGUUCCUAAUCCUGAUGCUCACCUAUGGGCACGAGCCUUUGAACGCGACUAAGGAACGUCGAUCUCGCGUACAAGCGUUUGAAAUCGGUUUUCUCAGCCAAAUCGCUGGGACGACGAGUCUGAACAUAAUCCGGGCGAUGACCAGUUUGAAGCAUCUUGAUUCGUCUUCUGUUGCCGAUAUCCAAAAUUUGUCCAUGUUUAUGCAAAAUCUGCCCCACAACCCUGACCAGCAUGAAAUGUUCAAGUCGUUCAUGAGCUUUACAGGAAAGAAAUGUCAGGCUGCUUACGUUGAUGACGUAUCGAUGGAGGUAUGUGCCGAAGCUGUCGACGAAAAAGCCGCCGACCCUUUUGCGCCGGAGUCCAGCGUUCCGCUGCCUUACACGAGUGACGAUCAUUUGGGCAUGAUGCAGGACCCAACCAGAAUGGCUGGUCAGUACUGCGCCAACAAUCUCUACCUUCAAGACGAGCUGAUGGUGUCUGACAAAAAGCAGGCUACUGCUAGUCUCAUAGAAAAAACCGGCAGCACCAUCGAAGAGAGGAGGAAAGAAAGCCUCAUUAACCUCAACGCCGAUCUCCGUCAGAAAGGAAAAGAGCGAAUGCAAACGAACGAUCCGCAGGUGGUGAAGCAGCAGUACGAAAGGAAUUAG